AGACUUAUCUACUGAACUACUCGUUUAAAACGAAAGUAGACCGACUGACGUGGUAUGAACAGACAAAGUCGUUAAUUUGACUGGGAAUAGAUGAAAUGGGAAGAAAACCCCAAAACCAAAAUCAGAAAAAUAGUGAAAACAAAGCUGGUAAAAAUGAGUCGUCUACUUGUACAGUAAGCAGUGAAAACUCUGGCGUGAGUAAACAUUCCAGCAAUCUCUCAAAAUCACGUGGUCAGGAACACCAUGAGGAGAGAAGGAAUUCAGAGCAAACAGCAACCCCCGCCGAUGUAUGGAAGGACAGAAAGUUACGAACUGUGAUUCUAAUAUCAGGAGUAUGUCAUGUACUCCAGAUAUGUGGGUUUGCUUACUUAUUGCUACAAAUCACCGCCCCACAUGUUGUUUCCUGUUGUGAGUAUGAUUCCGUCACUGCUGUCUCUAAAGAAUCCACGUCUUCAGUAUGUCACCGUAAAACCAUUGAUCUGUCUCAACAUUGUAAAGCUCAAAACAAUGAACGAACAGAGGAUCAAGAGGUAUUCCUAGAAGAAUUGCCCAUUUCCCGAAAGUCUUGGGAACAAGUAACUACACGUAUAAACUCCAGGGAAGAACGCAUUGAGAACAUGUUUCAAAGUUUUGGAGAUUUACAAAUGAACUGUUCCAAGACGGAGGAAAUAAUGGAGCACCUACAGGAAGUAGACAGAGAUUUCAACAGAAGCCUCCUAGAUCUUGAACGCAAUAUUAGUAAAUUUCAGGAAGAAGUCAAAACAAAUAAAUCAACAUGGCUUGAAGAUAAAUUGCAGUUAUUUUCAAAGGAAAUCCAUAACGAAACGAGAACGUUAAUCGAAAGUAAAAUGACAAUGUCUGAUAUGGAUAGGAGAAAGAUUUAUGAACAAGUUAUGGAUGGUAUUAGAAACACGUGGAAAGAAGAUUUGCUUAAAAUGAACGCAACGUUGACGGACACAAUUGAAGACAUGAAGAAAAAAGUUAAUAUAAGUCAGCAAAAUAUUAGUUCAUUGAUUAAUGAAAACGUUAGGAUAGUCAAAUCAAAUGAAGCUAAGGUGAAGAGAGUUCACAGAAAGGUUGCUAAUGGACAGUGGGAGGUGAAAUCUAGUCUUUCUGCACUGCGUGGAGAAUUUGGGUAUCUCGUCACAGAACGCGAAAAAAAGGUAGAAAUAAUGGACACCCAUCUGCAUAAAAUGAAGGCUGAUUUAGAGGAAACGACUGAAAAAUUGGGAAAAGUUGAAAAAGAAGUUAAGACAGCACAGCAAGGUAUUAGUACUUUAACUCUUGAUCUUAAAGUUAUUGAUGAAACCGUUGCUAACACCGAUAAAAGUGUAAAGACAAUCAGUGAUCACGUGCAAAAGCAUGAUGUAGAGUUGAUGAAAGUUGCUAGAGAAAUCGGCAUAGUUUUUGGAAAGCUUAAGGAUGAUAAAAAUGACGUUGAUAGAAAGUUUAGUAAGGUUAACAAAGAGCUGAGUUUAGUGGAAAAAACUGUUGAUGAAACAGCUACGAACGUCAAUCUAAAGGUUGAUGCUGAAGUGAAGAAAGUUUACAAAAAAGUUGAUGAAGAAAAGAAGAGAGUGGAGUCUAGCCUUGUCGGGAUACAUGGACAGUUAGACUAUUUCUUCCGGGAACUCAAAGAUAUCAAUCUCUACAUUGUGGGAUUCCUGUUGCUUGUCGUGGUGAUCAUCAUCUUUGUUGCGUAUAAGAAAUUGUUGUCAAGACCACAUCAUCAGACUGCUGAACAAGAUCCGGGUCAUACAUCACCACUUAGAUCCCAUCAUCAACACAGGGCAGAGGAAAAGCUUCCUUCAAAUAUUGUGGACGGUAUAACCAGGAGAGAUUUAAAGCCAGGAAUAACCCUUAUCAGCUUUAACGAUUCCACACAGCACUUCCACAGGGAUUUGAUAGCGAAAGUGCCAAAGCACAGUUCCUUAUAUAUCCAAGCUUGCAAUAUUAAGACGAAACAUGGAAUUGCUGAUACGAAGCCAUUUAAACUGGUGUUGAUAUUUGUGGAUUUUAAUGAGAGAAACAUCAUCCUGGAGGACCCUGCAGCAGAGAUUGGGGACCUCAGGAGGAUGACGACUAUUGGGUUCCAGAAAAUGGGGUGUGAUGUGUUUGUGGUGUAUGUCAGACACCGAGAUUCCCAGACCUUACAAGAGGGUCAGCUGUACAGUCCUCGUCUCCAUUCUGUUGACAGACACCCCGUGCUAUCCGGGCUCAACAAAAGAAAGCGUGUCUUCUCUGUCUAUGACAGAUUCCAUCCUCACCAGGUGAAAUUCCUGGAAGACUGUUUCAAACGGUUGUGAUACUGUGAUCUCUCUAAUUGUGAUUUCAAUAUCUGGCAAAGGAGAGCAUGGAGCUUCAUGUCUUUGUAAUACUAGUGAUUUACUUCAUCACACACAUGGAACUUUAUAUUCACCACGACGAGCUUUUAACUGUUUCCCUGUGGUAGUGAGUUUUGUUUUUUCUGUGAUGUUUUCUAUCUGGUUGUGAGAUUUUCUUACCUGGAUCCUAUCCUGCUCAUCGCCAGGUCUUGCAGGUUUUCAAACCAUGCGAUAUAUUUAAAAGGCGCAUCAUUGCCUCCAAAAUGAAAAAAAAAAAUCCUGAAUUUUCAACAAUACCCCCUUAUCUCUACCAUUGUUGUACAUUGUACCACAUUAAUUUUAUAUACGCAUUGAGGAGAGAUCAGCUAAUUUACAUUGAAGGGUUAGGUACCACAACAGCUGUUUCCUGUCCUGUUAUCCAUACAUUCUCUGAUUUAUCUGAUAUUCAGUAAACUGCAAUUGAAAUAGCCAGAAACCAAAAUGAAAUGUUUAAAAUUUGUUCAUACGGAGAUCAUGCUCUCGCGUAUCAAAUGAGUUGAGAGGCAUAAAUACCAUAUGCAGGUGAUGAGGAAAUAUUACUUCAUAAAUAUUGGAGGUUGACGUUGGAGAAGCUGAUUCAGAAGUCAUCCCGUUUUCAUAAAGCUGAGUUGUUAGUUUGUAAUUUACGUCUAUGUAAUUGUUCAAUAGAAUAUGCAAAUAUGAAACAGAUAUGAAAGACUC